CUUAUAUAUAUACAUCUUAGAAGUACAGCAAACAGGUGCAAUAGUAUUUAGUAGUUACAGAAAGAUUAACAAAAAAUAAAUAAAUGGAGGCAAAAGGCAUCAUCAAGAAUACUUUGGCCUCAAUAAUACUCAUGACCAUGGUGAUCACGGCAUACUCCGGCGAUGCCGCCGCCGGCGAGCAGCAUCCCUACGUCGAUUGCUUCACGAAAUGUUCUCCUUCUUGCUUCACACCGAUGGUUAAUCACAAGUGCUUAAUAAACUGUGACCUCAAGUGCCAUGGUUCCGCCACUGGCCAAUUCUUGGGCCAGUGCAAAAGCAUUUGUGAACAGGUUUACUGCUCCAGAGUUAAACAUGCACUCAAGAAGCGUAUUUGCGACACCACCUGUGCAACGGUCUGCCAUGCAAAGUGAAGCUAUUUAGCCAAAACCAUGUGGCUUUCAAGUUGAUGUAACAAUCUAUAUGUAAUUGUCAUCAACAGAAAGGGGAAAUUAUGAUAUCAUGGUGGAGUUCUUCAAUAAAUGAAAUUUUGUUGAUUAUUUUGUAUUGUUCAAUAUAAAUUUAG